AUGCUUUUUCAAUGUCGAGGUCAAUUUCUUCUUAUCAAAAAUUCAUUAAAAAGGGUUGCUGUGGAGGGGACAAUCAGUUUGUUAAUUGCUGCUCAUUGUUCAAUUUUGUCAUAUGACCAUCUUGGUGAGUUAUGUCAAAAAUAUUUUAAGGAGUCUGAUGCUGCAUUGUACAUGAAAUUGCAUAGAUCUAAAUGUACAACAAUUAUUUCUAAUGUUCUUGGAUCUCAUUUCAAACAAUGUUUGAAAGAAGGCAUUGGUGAUAGUUUUUACAGUAUACUUAUUGACGAAUCAACAGAUAUAAGUGUUCUAAAAUUCUUAGGUAUUAUGUACUUUGAUAAAAACUUUAAACAUAUAAUUUCAACAUAUUUAUCAUUAGUUAAGAUUGAAUCGUGUAAUGCACAAGCAAUAAUGACAGCGGUAAAGGCAAUUUUAAAUAGUAAAGGGCUAGAUCUACAAAAAUUGUGUGGAAUAUGA